AAACGAAACUUAAGAUAUUAUUUUUUCAGUGAGAGCUGAGAGAGAAGAGUUGAAAAAAAAAAAAUGGCGAUUAGGGUUUGGAUUUCGUUAUUUGUGUGUGUUUUGGCAUUGGUAGGAUCGCAAUCUUCCGCUUCUGAGAGCGAAGAAAAGGAGUUCGUUGUGACUUUAGAUCACUCCAAUUUCUCUGAUUUUGUAGGUCGACACAAAUUCGUUGUUGUUGAGUUUUACGCCCCUUGGUGUGGUCAUUGCAAGAAACUUGCUCCAGAAUAUGAGAAAGCAGCACAAGUUUUAAGUCAGAAUGAUCCACCAGUUGUUCUGGCCAAAGUUGAUGCUAAUGAGGAGCAAAACAAAAUUCUCGCUAGUGAGUUUGAGAUAAGAGGUUUCCCCACAAUUAAGAUCUUGAGGUAUGGAGGUAGCGUUGUUCAAGAUUACAAAGGACCACGUGAGGCGGACGGUAUUGUUUCUUACGUGAAGAAACAAAGUGGCCCUGCUUCUACUGAAAUUAAAUCUUCUGAGGAUGCAAAUGCUUUUAUAGAUACCAAUAAGAUCAUUAUCGUUGGGCUCUUUCCGGAGUUCUCUGGCGAGAAAUUUGAGAAUUUCACAGCUGUGGCUGAGAGAUUGCGUUCUGACUAUGAUUUUGCUCAUACUUCUGAUGCUAAACUCCUUCCUCGUGGGGAUUCAUCAGUUUCUGGCCCUGUUGUUAGGCUAUUCAAGCCCUUUGAUGAACUUUUUGUAGAUUUCCAGGAGUUCGAUGUGGAUGCCUUGGCAAAGUUUGUCGAAGAAGCAAGUAUUCCUACUGUGACUGUAUUUAACAAGGACCCCAACAACCAUCCAUUUGUUAUUAAAUUCUUCAACAGUCCAAACGCCAAGGCUAUGUUGUUCGUAAACUUCAGCAAUGACCAAAUUGAUACUUUUAAAUCCAAGUAUCAAGAAGUUGCUGAGCAGUUCAAAGGCAAGGACAUUAGUUUCUUAAUUGGUGAUGUUGAGGCCAGUCAAGGUGCCUUCCAGUACUUUGGACUCAGAGAGGAUCAGGUACCUCUAAUCAUCAUACAGACAAAUGAUGGAGAGAAGUAUCUCAAACCAAAUGUUGAGCCUGAUCACAUUGCUUCAUGGGUUAAGGAGUUUAAGGACGGCAAGGUGAAACCUUUCAAAAAAUCAGAACCUAUCCCAGAGGUUAACAGUGAACCUGUUAAAGUUUUGGUUGCUGACAGCUUCCAGGAUAUGGUUUUCAACUCUGCGAAGAAUGUACUUAUCGAGUUCUAUGCCCCUUGGUGUGGACACUGCAAGCAGUUGGCCCCAAUCCUUGAUGAAGUGGCUGUCUCGUUUGAAAAUGAUGCAGAUGUUAUGAUUGCCAAAAUUGAUGCUACUGCUAAUGAUAUUCCACAGGGAACUUUUGAGGUCCAAGGUUAUCCCACUCUUUAUUUCAAGUCAGCAAGUGGAAAGAUCUCGCUGCAUGAAGGUGACAGGACCAAGGAAGGCAUUAUUGACUUUAUCCAGAAGAAUCGGGAUAAAGCUGCGGAGCAAGAUGCGAGAAAAGAGGAGCUAUAAUCUUAGGAAGAAAUGAACGAGAGGAGAUUUUGAAGUCCCCUAAAGCAGUUGGCAUGGCGCUGGCUGCCUUACUGACUUACAAGCUCCCCAUGAAGCGAGGAAACAAGCGCACGACAUCUCCACCUUUUCUCCCACCCCACCCCAAUCCCCAAAGAUAGCCCCUUCUUACCCCAUAGUCUGUAAUGAAAUGUUUUUUCUGAUAAGCAGGAUUUUCCGAGGAUUAGGUAUCAUAGCAAAGCCUCUAUGGUUUGAGUAGUUGCAUCUCAGUAUGUUGAAUGGUUUUCUGGAGAAAUUGUCGAUUUAAGUUAUUUACAAAGUGAAGUGAGCCCUUGAAUCU